ACUCAGAAAUCUAAUCUCCCGCCACCUUCACACCAGUGGAAUCCAUUUCCGAAAGCUCGUUCACUCUUCUCUCUCUCUCUCCAAUCCGAGAGAAAAUCCUCUUUAAGCUUCCUGGAAAAUCCACUGGGUCCUGACCAAAAAGAGGGAGGAGGAACGCGAAAUGCCGCGAAAACCUAGACGUAAUGUGCCGGAUAUUCUAUGGAGGUUAUUUGGAAAUAGAGCAAAUUAUUUAAAGGACGCAAUAGUUGAUCUGAUUUCUGACCUGAAUAUCCUGCCGGAGCAAUGUCGAUGCCGAGGCCAAGGAUGUCUCGGUUGCAGCCGCGAUAAACCGUCGUUUCUGUUGCGUCCCGAUGAUCCCAUACACUACCGUCAACUUCUUCACCGCUGCUUCGUUGUAACUCACGAACAAACCCCUCCGCUUCUGGAUUUCUCGCCAACAUCUUGCUGGUCGCAGAGAGAGAUUGUGGAAAGGGUUAUUGAGAUGAUGGAAUCUGGAUGUGAUUGCCAAAAUGUGAUAUGUGCCAGAUAUGACAAGUAUGAUCAGUCGAGCCCAAUUCUGGAGUUAUUGACAAAUUCGUCUUGGGAGUUUCUUCUAAAACGGGUCGGUCAUGAUUUCAUGGUUUAUCUACUACAGCACACAUCAAUAUUCUUACCGUUUCUAGAAAGGAAACUCCAGCAAGUGUCUGGACCUCCUCUAUGUAUCAAACAAAAGGAGACAUUUUCUGUCUACGAGAACAAAAGAAAGAGGGAAGACAGCGUGCAGCCACCAAAGAAAAGGCAUAGGGAUUCUUCUGAUGUCAAUGACUGUCCUAAGGAUAACUCUGCAGCUGUUACGUGCAUACUUUCCGUGGAUGUAGACCAACAUAGAGAGGAAAAACCUUAUAAGCGUUCGAGAUUGUAUCUUAAGCGUCGAAUAAGGGAGAGACAGGCCAAAUGCCAAAAAUUUGACAAUAAGGCACCUUGUAUAACUUCAUGUGCAAAUGGUAAAGCCUCAACUGGGAAUGAAGCUGAUGAAAGGAAUCUUCACACCAGUAUAAAUGGAAGUGUCACUAAUUCUGCAAAGCAGGUGAAAAGAAAGAAGCAUUGCAAGUUUGCCAAUUCGGAAACGUUUUCAGUUAUGCCACCAAAGCACAUUUUAAAAACAUUGAGGUCCAACUGCUCUGAUUCCAAGUCCCUAAUGAACCAGAUAUUUGGUGAAGUAAGUGCUUGGUCAAUGGCGCCAUCUCAUGGCCAAGGCAAUUGUCCCAGUGGAUCCAUUUGCUUAUAUCAUUCAUUGCUCAAGUCUUUUAAAAGGCUAAUUGGAAAAACAAAGUCCUCUCAUUUGAAAACGUUACUAGAUAAACACUGUCCUGUUCUCUUUCUGCAAGAGGAUGCAUUGAAGUCUGCAAAUGCGACUUCCCAGAGUUCUUGGAGGAAAAAAUCAGAUAAGCUGCCUCAUGGAUCAAGUUCAGGGAAGGAAAAAGCCAAUUGUCCCAGUGUCGAAGAAACUAAGCUGUAUUGCACAAAAGACCAAGUAGUUUCCUUUAUUUGGGCCAUCUGUAGGUACAUUAUUCCAGAAAGUUUGCUUGGGACCACUCAGCAGAUGAGGGUUCUUAGGAGUAACAUAGCGUGGUUUGUUUCUAGGCGAAGAAAUGAGAGUUGCACAGUGACCCAAUUUUUGCAUAAAGUGAAACCUUCAGAUUUCCCAUUCUUUGCCAGUAAACAGUUAUGUUGUAUGGUCAACGUACAUGAACUCCAGAAUGAGUCCAUCAGAAGUACACAGCAGAUGUUGUGCAGGAGAUGGAUUUCUUGGCUUUUCUUAGAGAUUGUCAAAAAAUUGGUGCUCUUCAACUUUUAUGCCACUGAAAGACAAGAAGGUCGGCUGAACAUCUACUAUUACCGAAAAUGCAACUGGGAAAGGUUAAUAAGCAAAGAAAUUAGCAAAAACCUUGAUGGGUAUGUCCAAGUGGACAAUGCUGAAGCUGAAUGUAGAAGGACAAAGCUGGGGGUAUCGAAGUUUAGAUUUUUACCAAAGGCAAAAGGUGUGAGGAUGUUGUUGAAUUGUAGUUCCUCGUCAAGGUUGCAAUCUAUUCGUGAUACACAUGCUGUUUUGAAGGAUAUCCAGCUCAAGGAACCAGAUGUACUUGGGUCCUCUGUUUUUGACCAUGAUGAUUUCUAUAGGAACUUAGGCCCAUAUCUGAUCCGUUGGAGGAGGCAAUCUGGAGAAAUUCCUCCUCUGUUCUUUGUGGUUGCGGAUGUGUAUAAAGCAUUUGAUUCAAUUGAUCAGGGUAAAAUGCUUGAUGUCCUACAGUGUGUCCUGAAAGAUGAACACGUCUUAAACAAAUGUCGGUUGGUCUGCAUUGGGAGGAGAUCACGUUGGGUAAACAAUAUACUAGUCUCGAGUGAUAAAAAUGCUACCUUUUCAAGAUUCACAUCAACUGUUUCAUAUAAUGCUCUGCAAAGUAUAAUGGUUGAUCAGGGAGAAGACCAUGUAGUGAGGAAAAAGGAUCUCAUGCUUUGGAUAGAAAAUAUGCUAAAGAACAAUAUGGUGCAGUUGGAUAAAAGCUUCUAUAUACAAAUAGCUGGAAUACCUCAGGGACACAGAUUAUCAUCUUUGUUAUGCUGUUUUUACUACGGGCAUCUCGAGAGGACUUUGAUAUACCCGUUCCUCGAGGAAGCCUCUAGAGAUGCGUCUGCUAAAGAAUGCAAUAGAGAGAAAGCGCUAGUCACUCCCCUGAGCUAUAAGUUACUGAGAUUUAUUGAUGAUUACCUCUUUGUGUCUACCUCAAGAGAUCAGGCCACUAGCUUCUAUCAGAGAUUGAAGCAUGGAUUUCCAGAUUACAACUGCUUCAUGAACAAAAAAAAAUUCUGCAUAAAUUUCGAAGAUGAAGAAGAAUCUAGGGGUAGGGAUUCUUCUAACAGGAUGUAUGUGGGUGAUAAUGGAGUUCCUUUUAUCAGAUGGACGGGUUUGCUUAUUAAUUCCCGCACCUUGGAAGUUCAAGUUGACUACACAAGGUACUUGAGUGGCCAUAUAAGCUCAACUUUUUCGGUAGCGUGGCAGAACAAACCACUUAGAAAUCUUCGGCAUAAAUUGUGUUACUUCUUGGUCCCAAAAUGCCAUCCCAUCCUCUUUGACUCGAACAUCAACUCGAGAGAAAUUGUCGGGUUAAACAUCUAUCAGAUCUUUCUGUUAGCUGCAAUGAAGUUUCACUGCUAUGUCUACGAGUUGUCCCGGUUUUGGAAGCUUCAUCCUCAAACUUUGUCCAAAUUCAUCACAAUAUCUAUCAGGUACCUGUUCAAACUCAUAAAUCGAAGGAUGCACAGAAUCAACACUGGUUCUAGUUUCAGACCAGUUUUUGAACUGUGCAAAGAAGAAGUGAUAUGGCUUGGAUUACACGCGUAUAUCCAAGUUCUGAAGAAGAAAAACUCACGAUAUCGAACCCUCUUGAUCUAUUUGAAAUCUGCAUUUUCUAAACACAAUCGUUCUCUGAAUCUAUCGCCGGAACUGAAGUAUGCAGCCGACCGGUCUAACUCUUGCUCGCUGUGGAAAUUAAGUUACUGAUCCUUUUUGUGAUUGAAGCUGAUUUAAGAUGAAAUUUGAGG